AUGAGACCAACCAUAUUCUUCACGUUCAUAGUUGUAGCAACUGUUUUGCAAAGUGAUAUUAUUCUGGGAAAACACGAUUUACUGAUAGAAGAAGACGCGAGGCUGGACUUCAUGGGUCUAGCGACGAAGUAUGGUCACCCAGCGACACGACACGAGGUGACCACGGACGAUGGAUACAUUCUAACACUCUUCCACAUUCCUGGCAGAAGCAAACUACCUGUCCUUCUUAUGCAUGGUUUUCUGGACACAGCAGAUAUUUUUUUAUUGAGAGGAAAUGAUUCGAUGGGGAUCGCCUUAGCUAAUGCCGGCUACGACCUAUGGUUCGGUAACUGCAGAGGCAGCAGAUACUCACGGAGACAUCGAGAUCUCGAUCCAAACAGAGAUAGCAGUUAUUGGAGCUUCACUUUUCAUGAAAUGGGAUAUUACGACCUUCCAGCUCUCAUAGAUAGAGUUUUAAAUGAGACUGGAGCUCCGAGCCUCACAACAAUCGGUCACUCACAAGGGACCACCAUCUUCUUCGUCCUGGGCUCCACGAGACCGGAGUACAACUCCAAGAUUAACGUCUUCAUAGCUCUUGCUCCCGUGGUCUAUCUACAACAUUUACCUCUCCCUUUUCAAACAAUAUUAAAUUCACUGCCCGUAAUAUACAAAAUACUAGCGAGUGCAAAUAUACAGAUAAGUAAAAGCAGAUUAUUCAGACGUUACGAUUUCGGAAAUGAUAAAAACAUGUUAAUGUACAAUUCCACCAGUCCGCCGUUGUACCAGCUGAGGAGAGUCACAAUGCCAGUGGCUUUGAUAGUUGCUAGGAAUGAUCCAAUUUCAACACUGAGUAAUGUUGAUCUAUUAAAACAUCAAUUACCUAACGUUGCGGAUUAUGUUGUGAUCCCGUGGUCCAUAUUUUCAUCAGCUUGUGCUGUUGUAUUAUUGACUCUCCUCGUGUCAUCUGCUGCUACUGAUUUGUAUGUGGACAAGUCCAGACUAGACAAUGAUUCUGAAUAUAAGGUGGGGACAGCAUUUAGCAAGGUUGAUAAUGAGAAUACAAUUUAUCCCGUGGCUGAGUAUGAAGACCUUGGACGUGCUGGAGAGGAUCCCAGGAACAGUCUGAAUGAAAAGAUGAUGCAAUACACUGAGAGACUCACUGAUGACGAAGAUAGACGCCCAUCGCCGAAAGUCGAAGCUAAGUAUUCGAGCUGGUCUGAACUCGCCGGUCUGAAGGAUGUCGGCAUCAAGAAGUGGGUGACGGCGCUCAGCAACAACGUCAGCUCCAAACUCUUACCGAAGAAUCGCCGUCAACUGAAGUGGAGGAAGGGUAACUAA